GCGCUUUAUUUGUAUACUGCAUGCAACAGCAGCAGCAGUGCAGUGGAUGAUUUCCCGAGAUUUUCAAGCAUUGCUAGUUGUCUAGGAGGCAACAUUAUAAGUCAACAGUUUUGUUCUUAAACCCCACAAAACAAGUACAAGUACAGACACAGCUGAAAGCUAGUAAAGACCCUUGGUGUUGGUACGACUGUAUGGAACUGUAGUCUAUACAUGCAAGUUGUGCAUAGCGAAUGACUACCAGUAAGAUGGCCAGCCUUUCCCGUUUACGCACACGGAAUUCACUCAUCAUUGCUGGACUGGUGGGCUUCAUUGGUCUUGCUCUGUAUCCGAUAGUCGUCUCUCCAAUGGUUAACCCCAAGAAAUGGCAGAAAGUCCAGAAAGAAACGAGGAAGGGUAUAGAUCAGGCCGGUAUCCAACCAGGCGGUAUGAGGGUCUGGAGUGAUCCUUUUGCACCAAGAUCGGAUAAACCAACAGACAGCAAGGCCACUUAAUAAUUGCAAUGUGAUUGUAGAGCUGUACAUUUGUAAAUUAUCAGGAUUUUUAAAAAGCCGUAAAGUUGUAGUCUAGGAUGCAUUUUGUCUGCUUUUCAAUCCAGACGAAAGGAACUCCCAAUUUUCCAUUUAUUGUUAUGCAAUGUACAUGUAUGUAUGUACCUUUGCAAAUAUUAUUCAUGGGCUAUGGGUGCCCCAAAAUAGUGUAGACUUGGUGCAUGUACUUGUACAUAUCAUUUUAAUGAGACAGAUGAUCCAUGAUGUCAUGCUAUGUCAACGAGAUGACCUUUGUUUCUAUAAAACAUAUUUAAAGGCAUUGAAUAUAUUACACCUGAAAACAACAAUUUCAGGGUCAGUUAAUAGAUAGUCAGUAAUCUGCAAAUGAAAUGUGAGAUAUUUCUUUCAUCAACUUCAAUCUCAUCCAUUCGACAUGCUGAUGUAGUUCCUUGUGUUAAUGUUUGUUGAAAAGGAACAUUCACUUUGGGUCAUGUGAUAAGGAUUCUAUGUGCCUUAAAAUCACUGUUUUCUUUAAGAAAUAAACGUGAGUACCAAGUAAUAUCAGUGUUUAUCUACAACCCACUUAUUCUCAGCUCACAUAACCAAUCAUUGCAUUGUCCGAUUUAAACCUUGUUGACUUGAGAUAUCUCAUCAAGUAUAAGAAUGAAGGCCAGUUUAUAAUUUGUCAAAAGCAAACAAAGCAAAAUUGUGUCAGAAUUCUGCAUAAUGCAGUUGGUAAAAGGGUCAUACUACAUCAUUGGAAAAUAAUAAAACUGUUGAUUUAACUUUGGACAA